AUGCAGCUCUCAUCUAUUAUACUUAUCACGCUUGUACAAGCCAUGGCUGUAUCAGCACAACGAACAUAUAACCCAUGGUGCGAACGCAGAACGGAAACGCUUCCAUCUGGUUCAACUGGGUGCAAUGGAACACCACGGUGCGUAAGUCUGCUAAGAAGGGGCCAGAAUCCCUGCUCUCUCAUACCCGCAUUUUGAGCAAUAUUUAAUACAAAUAACUAACAAAAAUGUAGUGCACCGGUCAGGGAAUGACUGGAGAAUACCAAGACAGGUUGACCUGUGUAAGACCAGAGAGAAAUGGGGCCAGAAUCCCAUGUCCAAGAGAUAGUGAAGCUGUAAGUUUGAUAUUUCUCUUCCUCAUCCUGAGCCUAUAUGUAGAAACACUUUACUAAUAGUAUGGCGAAUGCAGAGUAUCUACUGUUGCUAGACUGUGUAUGUCGUGA